UCCACAGUCACGCACUCCUCCCUCCUCCCUCUCACAGCCGCCACACCCCAUUCCUCUCUUCCUCCUCCCUCCUCCUUCCUGGAUCCCUGCCACCGCCACACCGGAGGCUGCACUCCACCUCUUCCUCGUGGUGCGGCGGACGGCGGCUCUUGCGGUCGUGCGGCCGACGGCGGCCUCAGCGGGCUCUCAAUCCUCGCUCCUCAUUCGGCUCCUCUUCUCCAUGCCGCCGCCGCCUCCUCCUUUUCCCCGUCCCUCACGGCCGCCUCGCCCCCUCCGCCUUCAGCACCUCCUCCUCCCCAUCCUCUCCUCCUUCCCUGCCUCUGGAUCCAGCCAGUUAACUCUGGAGGGGAACCAACCUACAGGUAAAGGGCGAUGGCGGCGGCCCUCGAGCAGAUGAGAGGGAGAGAGAAGGACAUGGCGGCAAAUGAGAGGGGGCAUGCGGCGCGGCGGUGAGCGUCUCCGGCAGCGGCGGCGACCUGUGGGCAAAGGGUGACGGCUGGGGUGCUCGAUUCGAUCCAGCGCCAUGAGCCUGUACUUUACUUGCUGGAGAGAGAGAGCAGAUGAGGGAAAGAGAGAAGGAGAGGAGGGAGAAAGGCAGAGGAAAGAGGAGAGGGAGCCGCAACGGCAGAUGGGAGAUGAACACGGUCUGGGGCCGGCCAUUCGCAUCUCUCCUCCUCUCCUACUCUUGACCACCAUCGUGCCCCUCCUCCCCUUCGCUUCUAGGAGUAGCUAUUUUCCUCGCUCGUACUGCUGUUUGGCUCGAGUGUUUCUCCUUCCCUGGUUGUAUGAUCUGGCCCAUUAUUGCAUCUCCAUUCUAUUCGUUGCUUCGUCUCCGUUUUGCUUGUCAAGCUCGAAAUACUCAGGAAAAAUUAGGCCUCGGCCAAUGGUGGAGAAGACAGACCCCAGGAAGGAUUUUGCGCUGCCGUCUUCUUUCGCCGGUCCGUGCCCUGGAAGAGCGACACCAGCCAGUUCUGCCUUACUUGCAGCGUGUGUGAUGUGUGCGUGCUUACUGGUGUGGCAAUUUCUUAAUUAUAAGUCCCAGUUUAUGCACUUUCUAGAAGGAGGAUGGCAUUGUAUGGGAAUGAAGCAAAAAGCAUGAAGAAAAUAGAGCAGGUCGUGUGUCAUCGUGCACGUGGUCUGCCUUCCAUUGGCGUUACUGCACCUGGUUAUCUACAGAGGAAGGCAAGGAUAACUAGAUUAAACAUUUCACAAGACCCUCCCAAUUACAGGCACAAACUCCUUCCAAGAUAUUACAAGUGUGGUUGAUUACGGGAGAUUGUCAGAUGAAAAGAAGGUAUAUCCUUUAUAUUUAUCUAGAUGUUUAAUUAGCUGCACAACCAUACGUGAUUCUAUAAGGAAACUAUUUAUCCUGGUGAUCUUGAUAUCCAGUCAUGUAUUACAGUAUUAGUAUAGGCUGUAAUUUUUGGCUAGGAAUCUAUAUAUACAGAACCUAAACUGAAAACUCAAUAUAGCACAUAUACUUGGCCAGUUAUCCUAAGAAUAUUAAUCCACCUGGACUUUUAACUUGACUUCCAAAGAAGUUCUUAACGAUCAAGCAUUUUUGAGUUUUUAGUAAAUUGAAAUAAUGUUGCACUUUGACAAUACUAUUCUGAUUUUGCAAGUUAAUAGAAAUCCUUCAGUUUCAUACCACUUUUUUAAUCGCACAUUUGGAUGAGUAUUAGUAUAGGCUGUAAUUUUUGGCUAGGAAUCUAUAUAUACAGAACCUAAAUUGAAGACUCAAUAUAGCACAUAUACUUGGCCAGUUAUCCUAAGAAUAUUAAUCCACCUGGACUUUUAACUUGACUUCCAAAGAAGUUCUUAACGGUCAAGCAUUUUUGAGUUUUUAGUAAAUUGAAAUAAUGUUGCACUUUGACAAUACUAUUCUGAUUUUGCAAGUUAAUAGAAAUCCUUCAAUUUCAUACCACUUUUUUAAUCGCACAUUUGGAUGAUUGCGACAUUAUCUCUUCUCGGAAUUCCGCUUGCAUGUUUCCAGUUGAGACAAUAACUGAGUUUGAUAAGUAACCACUAUAUGAUUUUCUAUGUGUACACAUGUUGUCGCUCUGCUUGAGUCAUCCAUAUCCACAUUACGAGCCCGAGACUUCCAUCACAACAAACUAUAUGUAUCCAGGUAGUGUCCAAUAUGUACACACAGGCUCCUCUCACAGGCCGACUAAGCUGAUUGUAACUGAAUGUGUGUGUGUGGCCGUGAAGCAGACUUUAUCUUGGUCUGAGUAUCAGUUCCCUUCUCCACAUUACGAGCCCGAGACUUCCAUCACAACAAACUAUAUGUAUCCAGGUAGUGUCCAAUAUGUACACACAGGCUCCUCUCACAGGCCGACUAAGCUGAUUGUAACUGAAUGUGUGAGUGUGGCCGUGAAGCAGACUUUAUCUUGGUCUGAGUAUCAUUUCCCUUCAAUGGUACAAUUUUGGAUACUAUUUUCUUCUAGAUGUAUAGGUUUCUGCUGGUCCCAUUGGCUGCUACAUUUUAGUGAUACAAUAGCUCAAUGUCAUGCUCACCAAUUAUUCUGUAAAAAUGAAAAAUCGACUUGACUGUAUUUUGUACCUGUUUUAGUAAUUACAUGAUGUGAUUAUUUUCAUUCUAGAUAUGGAAAUAUUCUAAGGAUUAAGCUUUUUGAGAUGUUAAGGUAUCUGAUGAUUAAUUAGCCUUUGUAAGAUUUAUGCACUCAUGUCAUACAACCUAGAUAAUUCUCCUUGGAUCUCCAUAAUUUCUAACUGAAUAUAGAUGUAUACUGACAGUAAAUCCCGUUUUAGUAAUUAGUUGGAUAUAAUUGAUAAUUCUUUGACAUGUUUUUAUGAAAUGUCUGCUUAAAUCAGCGUUAGAUGCUCCCAUAAUCGAUUACUUUUUGGAUAUGAAUUAUUACUAUAAGAAGUAUAUUGGUUCUCCGGUGUUUUCAGUUCUUACAAUAAACAAAUUAUAUUGUUUUCCACUAAUCAUUUCUCAUGUAGUUUUACUCUGCAGUAUGUAUCUUUUGCUUCAUAACUCAUCUGUUCACAAGAUUGAUGCCUAGAAAUUUCAGCCUUCCGUGCUAAAUGUCGUCUGCUCAUGUGUAACGGCAUAGAGAUAGGAACGAGCAAUUCAUCUUCAGUUUGAGAAAGUGGCGGACAAAAGAGAACUGGACUAUUGUUGCUGAGCGCUAGCUCUGGCCGCAUGAUCAUCUAUAUAUAUAGUUUUCGACAGUAAAUGUAUCCUGAUUGGUAUAGCACAAACGGAAAUCUUACUUUCUUCUAAACUCUUAAUUUCAAGAUGAACUGGAGAGGGGAAUUUGUACUAAGUUUGGAAUCUAUCACAGUAAGUGUGUAUUUGCGGUAUUGAUGCACAGUUAUUAAGAAAGUUACAUUUUUCAGCUAUUGUGCUACUGAGAAGGAAGCAUAGCUGAGAAUUGCUCUGGCUGGAGUUGAAUGUCGUUGUGACUGAAUACUAGAGACGCUGACUUGCAGCCACUCUUUAUAGUCCUACCACCUAGCUUUUAUCUCUCACCUUCCGUUAUUUUCAUGUUAACACUGCCAUUGGGGCAAAUCUAUAUUGCUUAUUGAUUGGGUCUAGCUAUAGUUAGAAUUCCAUGUUUCCUA